UUUCCUCUGUGGGAAGCCAUGAUGGCAGUUUGAGAGCGGAGCUGCGGAGCACCCUGAGGAGAGAUGAGUCCCGCCGAUAAACCGCACAUCUUCACGCUUCUCCAACGGCUACCGUCGCACAUCUAACACGCAGUUCAGGUGGAGACUGUCAGUUGUAAUUUUCGCGGAACCAACUCGGCCAUCCAGCGACGACGAUGAUCAUUCGUUAGGAGGGUUUUGAGGGGGGGUUUAGCAGUGGUGGCUAGCGGGCGAUGCUAGUCGGGAAAGGCUCGCCUGUGUGUUUUCUUCUUCGCGCGGAGAUGGAGAGGAUUCGCUCCUCUCUCUGGACCUGAUCACGGCGCGCGCGCCGGACACACAGACUUCUGCCUUACUAUUAUUGUUAUUAUAUCGGAUGCGUUCCGGUUUAACCGGGCCGCGGGAUCGGAGGACCUUUUCAGCAGCUCGGAGGACUGAGCGAUCGGGACCGGGAGAGUCGGGCCUGCUACGCCGGAGCGGAUAGAGGCCCGUCUGCGAGAAGCUCUAAUCCGGCCCGCUGCGCGAGACCCACCGGGCCACACAUAACGUUACACAGUCAAGGGUGAGCGAGGCACUGAGCCGUCCCGAGCAAACAUUACCCCCAUUCUGACAAUAAACCGGAAUAAAACUGAAGUGUUUUGAACUGCUGUCAUGGCAAUGACUGCUAAACUAAAAGAAAUAGUCAGUCGGAAUAAGCGGAGGUACCAGGAGGAUGGAUUUGAUUUGGACCUCACUUACAUAUACCCAAACAUCAUUGCCAUGGGCUUUCCAGCCGAACGAUUGGAAGGUGUUUACCGUAACAACAUUGAUGACGUUGUCCGGUUUUUAGAUUCCAAGCAUAAGAAUCAUUAUAAAAUUUAUAAUCUGUGUGCUGAACGACACUACGAUGCAUCUAAAUUCAACUGUAGAGUGGCACAGUAUCCAUUUGAGGACCAUAACCCUCCACAAUUGGAAUUAAUAAAGCCCUUCUGCGAGGAUCUCGACCAGUGGCUGUCAGAGGAUGAGAACCAUGUGGCUGCCAUCCACUGCAAGGCAGGCAAAGGUCGCACGGGAGUCAUGAUAUGUGCCUAUCUGCUGCAUCGCAAGAAAUUCGCAGAGGCACAAGAGGCACUGGACUUUUAUGGGGAAGUCAGAACCAGGGAUAAAAAGGGGGUGACCAUUCCCAGCCAGCGCAGGUAUGUGUAUUACUACAGCUACCUGCUGAAGAACAAGCUGGACUAUAAACCUGUUGCCCUCCUCUUCCAUAAAAUGGUGUUCCAGACUCUGCCCAUGUUCAGUGGGGGCACCUGCAGGGACAGUACUGUUAAAAACAGGAGUGAAGUGAAUCCCCAGGGCUUCAAGAAAGGCAGCUGGCACUGGGACCCUCAGUUUGUAGUGUAUCAGUUGAAGGUAAAGAUCCACACGUCAAAUCCAGCCCACACACGAAGGGAAGAGAAGCACAUGAUCUUCGAGUUUCCUCAGCCGCUUCCGGUUUGUGGGGACAUCAAGGUGGAGUUUUUCCACAAGCAGAGCAAGAUGAUGAAGAAGGAUAAAAUGUUUCAUUUUUGGAUAAACACGUUCUUCAUCCCGGGGCCUGAGGAAGCAGGGGACAAAGUGGAGAACGGGUCGGUGGUGAACGAUGUGGACAGCCUGUCGUGUCAGAGCCAGAGCUCACCGGCGGAACGGGACAGGGAGAAGGAGAGAGCCGUCGCAGCGGCUGCACUCGACAGAGAGAGAGGAGGAGAGCGAGCGGAUGGGGAAAAAGACUACUUGAUUUUGACCUUAACAAAGAACGACUUGGAUAAGGCCAACAAGGACAAAGCUAACCGAUAUUUCUCACCCAACUUUAAGGUCAAGCUGUAUUUCUCCAAGACUGUGGAGGAGCCCUCAAACUCAGAAGCAAGCACUUCAACUUCUGUCACUCCGGACGUGAGUGAUAAUGAACCCGAUCACUACCGCUACUCCGACACCACUGAUUCUGACCCGGAAAAUGAACCUUUUGACGAGGAACAGCACGCACAGAUUACAAAAGUCUGAACUUAUUUUGGCAUCUACACACACACAUACACACAAACAACACAAAUACACGCCGGACAAAAAAACAAACUAAAAAAAAGACAAGACAAACCAACCAACACCAGUGAAAUAAAAAAAAGGAGAAAACUUGAAAAUAAACUGAAGAGAAAAGGACCCUUCCUCCCGCAGCUCGAGGACAGUCCUGUCGAACGCCAUCAAUCGCAGAAGAAGAAAUCUUGACCAAUAUAUUGUUUUACUUCAUUUUAAUUGAUGAAUUUUGCGCGUGGAGAACGACAUCAAUGCCUGAGGUCGGCGGGAGGGUCCUGUAGCUAUUCUGUGUAUAUAUAAAAAAAAUCCCUUUUUUGUGUCAAAGACGAUUAAAAUCUAGGCAAUCAGGAGAGGGGAGGGGAGUGGAGGAGAGGAAGAGCAGACCACACAUCUCUCCUUCUCCCUGUCUUCAUCCGGGCCAGUGCUGCAAUCACCCUCUCCGCCUCUCCCUCGCUCUUCCCCUCCUUACUGUGAAUGCUUUUCGUGCUGUCCGCAGGCGCAAGACCUUACCUUUCGCCCCUUCCUGCGCGCUCUCCGCUGCUGUACAGAGUCCUGAGGAUUUCGUGCAAAUGCUGUGGCGUGCAAACGUUCCUUUUCCCCCUCCCUCUAAAACCUCACUUCUCGUCCUGUCACGACCCGUUCCCACUCCACCCUCACCUCCCCCCUCCCCCACUGUGUAUAACGAUAAAUUAUGCAGAAAAACACGACAUCCCAUGUAAUUGUCGAUGUUUUUGUUUUCUUUUAUUUUUUCCUUUUUUUAUCCUAAGAUAAUAAAAAAUAUAAUACAUGAAAGCGCAGGGAACCAGUGUUUGCAAUAAUGUUAACACUCAACAUUUAAAGGACAAAAAUUGGUGUGCAUGUCAUUGGAGUCAGUGUCCAUGUUUAAUAAAUGCUAUAUGAUGUGUUUUUAUUAAAACAGAAGUGUCGGAACUCUCUUAAA